ACGAGCGGUAUAUUGAAACCUGCAUUGAAGGCAGAUACAAAUCAUAAGAAACUACCACCUCAAUCUCACUAUCAACAUCCCGAUCCACUUCUAAGAAGAUUAAGAUUGGUAGACGACAAGGGACAUGCGAUCAAUCUGAAAGAAUUCUUUGAUGGCGUCAAGAUCGUAGCUUUUUAUUUCAGUAGUCAAUGGGCCGGACAACCGCUCAAGGAAUACCAUAAUACCAUUAGCGAAUUUGCAAGAGAACAUCAACGAGAAUUCAAGGUGAUUUACGUUAGUGUGGAUGUGGAUGAACAAUGGUAUAAAGCUGGAGUGAAGGGACAACCAUGGGUUUCGAUGGUUUGGAACGAUGGAAGUUCUUUGCCUUCUCCCAGUACAGCAAAUUCAACAUCACCUUCUGCAGGAACGGACGAUGAGCCUUUACCGCCUUUGUUCAAUAAUGAGAACUUCUUAUUGGCACAAGAGUUCGAUAUCGAUGAAUCACUAUCAAAGACCGAUACAUCUGGAGAAGCUUACUUACGCCCAUUCUCUCGUGUCCACUUAGCAAGUAAGCUCAACAUCAUCGCUGCUCCAACGGUGUGUAUCUACCAUAUUGAAAAGCAAAAGAUGUUGGAUUGGAACGUGAGAAUGGCACGUUUACACAGAGAUCAAAGAGAUGAAACAUGGUCAAGGUGGAAGAAAGGAGAAUCAGCAAAGAGUUUCGGCUUAAGCGAAGCAUUGGCAAAUUCACCUGGAACGGUCAGCUUGGCAAUCUUUGUUGCGGUAUAUUGGAUCAUCUUA